AUGAUACUUCUAUCCAUUUCCAGUAUUCUAACAAAGAUGUUUCCAUUUCUUUGGAUUGUUCUUCUUCUCAACUGUUUGAUAAGAGGAGAAUUCUUUUUUUGUGCACAAGCUCAGCUUGUGGACUGCCAUACUUCUGACAGAGAAGCUCUUCUUGAUUUUAUAAAGGGUCUUGAAAAUUCUGAGAAACAACUCUCUUCAUGGAAAGGAAGCAACUGCUGUCAAUGGUUUGGAAUAGCUUGUGACAAUAUCACUGGAGCUGUAACCAAAGUUGAUCUCCACAGCACGUCAGGUUUGUUGAACUUGAGCGGAGAGAUUAGAUCUUCACUCACAAAACUCAAGUCCUUGACAUAUCUGGACUUGAGUUCUAACUCAUUCACUGGCACAAUUCCUGAUUUCUUACCCUUCCUGGAGAACUUGCAAUAUCUAAACCUAUCAUAUGCUGGGUUUAGUGGUGCAAUUCCUCCAAAUCUUGGAAACCUCUCUAGCUUGAAGUUUCUUGAUGUCUCUUCUCCUAGUUUAAAUGUUGAUAAUCUUGAAUGGAUGAGUGGUCUUCUGUCAUUAAAAUAUUUGGCCAUGGAUGGUGUAGAUCUUUCAAAGGCAGGAGUAGGAUGGGUUGAUGCAUUAAACAAGCUUCCAUUCUUGACUGAGUUGCAUUUAUCUUCAUGCCAUUUAUCCAGUCUCAACUAUUCUCUUCCUUUGGUCAAUUUGAGUUCACUUGCUGUCCUAAACCUUAGUAACAACUACAUCAAAUCCAAGUUUCCAAAUUGGCUGGUGAAUAUCAGUAGCCUUGUUUCAGUUGAUAUCAGCUAUAACAGGCUACAUGGAAGGAUUCCACUCGGUUUUAGUGAACUGCCAAAUUUGCAAUCAUUGGAUCUUGGUUAUAAUCAAGAUCUCUCUGCAAGUUGCUUCCAACUGUUGAGAAGAAGGUGGGGAAAAAUACAAGUUCUUGAUCUAUCUAUGACCAAAUUACAUGGAAGAAUUCCUGCUGCCCUUGGAAAUAUAACUUCUCUUAUUUAUCUUGAUUUAUCAAAAAAUGAUGUUCGGAGUAGUAUUCCAAGCUCCAUUGGUAGGCUUUCUAACUUACAAUUUAUUGAUUUGUCCUGUAAUAAUCUGACAGGAGGUUUACCAGAAUUUCUUGAAGAAGAAACAGCAAACUGCCCUUCCAAAAGUCCUUUGCCUAAUUUGAAGAACUUCAAAUCCAGUUACAGCAAUUUAACUGGUAAGUUGCCAAAUUGGAUAGGCAAUCUUAAAAAUCUAGUUGUCCUCGAUUUGAGUUAUAACUUGCUUCAAGGUCCCAUCCCCCGUUCUUUCGAAAAUUUGCGGCAGUUGUCUGAACUCAGACUUGGAUCAAAUAAACUAAAUGGUAGUCUCCCAAAAGGCUUGGGAAAGCUCUCUGCAUUGACUCAUCUUGAUGUUUCCAUUAAUCAACUGGCCGGUGUUAUCACAGAAGCACAUUUUUCAGGCCUAAGUAAAUUGAAGCAAUUGAUUCUUUUGAGAAACUCCUUCAUCUUGAAAGUCAAUUCCAGUUGGAUCCCUCCAUUUCAGCUCUGUACCUUGGUUAUGGGUUCAUGCAAUCUAGGUCCAUCCUUCCCUGCUUGGCUCAGAUCUCAAAAAGAGAUUGUCAUUCUAGAUUUCUCAAAUGCUAGUAUUUCAGGUUCCAUUCCAAACUGCUUGAAGGGUCAUUUACCAAAUCCAUUAAAUAUAUCUCCCUCUGCAACCAGUGUUGAUUUGAGCUCCAACCUCUUUCAAGGGUCCAUUCCUCUUCCUCUUCCUCUUCCAAAUGUCUCAAUCCAAGUGCUUGAUCUUUCCAAUAAUCAAUUCUCUGGUUCUAUCCCAAACAAGAUUGGUAAAAUCCUUUCACAUUUGCAAUUCCUCUCUCUUUCCAAUAACCAGCUGGCUGGUCAUGUCCCAGCCUCUAUUGGAGAGAUAUCGACUCUUCAAAUCCUUGAUCUUUCAAGGAAUGGUUUGAUAGGAAGCAUUCCUUUGAAUAUCGGGAAUUGUUCUAACCUCACUGUUCUAGACCUUCAAAAUAAUAAUUUGUCUGGUGAGAUUUCAAAAUCCUUGGGUUGGCUUCAUUGGCUUCAAAUACUUCACCUCAGCAAUAACAGAUUCUCAGGAGAAAUCCCAUCAUCUCUCCAGGAAUUGAAGGAAUUAGAAACUCUAGACCUUGGAAACAACAGUUUGACAGGAAAUAUUCCGUCAUGGAUAGGAGGAGCUUUUCCACGUCUCAGAAUACUUAGCCUGAGGUCAAAUUCCUUUUCAGGAGAAAUUCCCCCUAGACAUUCAAAUUUGAGUUCUCUACAAGUUCUGGAUCUAGCAGGAAACAAGUUGAAUGGCAGAAUUCCUUCUAGCUUUGGAGCUUUUAAAGCCAUGGCUCAACAACAUGUAAACCAUUAUUUGACAUAUGGAGACCCUGACAGGCGCUACUACCAAGAAAACAUAGUUGUGAGCAUAAAUGGGCAAACUCAAAAAUAUUCCAAGACUCUUUCACUCCUGACUACCAUAGAUCUUUCUGGAAAUAAUCUACAUGGUGAGCUUCCUGAAGAACUAACAAACCUGGUUGGUCUUCUAGUUUUGAACCUGUCAAGAAACAACAUCAGUGGCCAGAUUCCACACAGCAUUUCAGAAAUGCAUCAGUUGUUAUCUCUUGAUCUGUCAGGCAAUAAUCUUUCAGGUCCAAUUCCUUCAAGCCUCUCUUCAUUGACUUUUCUGGAAUAUUUGAACUUGUCCAACAACAACUUAUGUGGUGCAAUCCCAUAUACAAAUCAGAUGUCAACUUUUAAUGAAUCCUCCUUUGAUGGGAACCCAUGUCUAUGUGGAAAUCCCCUUGUUGUGAAGUGCUCGCAUAACAAUAAUAAUUCUGACAAUGGAGGGACCAGUAACCAUUCAGACUAUAAUGGGUUGAUUGAUAACUGGUUUUACUUGAGCAUUGGGUUGGGAUAUGCAGCAGGUUUACUGCUUCCAUAUUUGUUAUUUGCAGUGAGAAGAUCUUGGGGUGGUGUAUACUUUGCUGUUGUGGAUAGGAUCGUAAACAGAUUGUCAAAUGCACCUGCUCUUGUGGAUAGGAUUGUACACAGACUGUCAAGUGCAUCAAGCAGAAUAGCAACAAGAACAAGAACUCAGUGCAGUUGCUGAGUUCUCUUUCCUCUUCCAGGUUCUUGUAAAAAAUUUUGCCACUGCUGUCAGUUUAAAGUUGUUUGAAGUUAAAAAUUCACUUGUUUUCACAUAAAUGGCUUGUAAAGAUAUAUAAAAUGAGACAUGGGUUAGCUUCUGCAUUCCCAUCAAUCUUUCAGAGUACAGUCUUGACAUAAAAAAAGGGUCUCAAAGAUUCUGAGAAUUAACCUGCUUCCUUCAUGGCAAGGAAGCAGGCACCUACA